AUGGCACGCUUGAUGCUGCUACUUUUGCUGAUCGCCCAAUUGAUUCUUGCCUCAUACGCGGACAGUGGGCAAAAGGUAAGAAAAUAUUGCGUUACGUUUUCACCGAGAGACCUUAAGGUGACCUUUCAGUCUCAAAAACCGCCAUGGCGUUUACGUUCCCGCUAAACAUUUUAUCCUGCGGCCUGUUUGGACUGCACUAUCGACGCUUAAUGACCGAGUUUUUGUCAACCACGCACAUCUAAUUGUUAUGCCACCAAAGGGUUUAUUAUAAGGCGAGUAAGAGGCUAAGGAUCUCAUUUUCAAGUUCAGUUUUAGUGCCUUAUGUUUUGAAUUGAAAAGUAGGGUAUCCAUUUACACUUUGGCAAAAGAAAUGACUCUGACGUAUUGGUGGUAAAUACUACUGACCAAGGUACUCAUUUUAAUCAAUUUAUUAUACGUGUGUUUUUCGCAGGCCUAUACAUUCAAGGUAUCCAAAGAUAUGUACGAGAGUAUCAAAGUUGAUGCUAACAAGGAAUCUGAGACCUUUUCUCUGAGUCUUGCGUCGUCGGGCAAGAAGGAAGGAGACUGUGUCUACGACUUUAACAAGGUCAGUAACUAACAUAAACAUGAGAUCAAACAAGUCAAACUGAUCUAAAUUUGGAGCUGGUGAUUCUUUGUUUUGUCAAAGAACUGAAAUCAUUUUUUUAAUGCGAUUGAAAUAAUUUCUUUCUCUGACUUUUUGGUUUAAAAGCUUGAAAAUGUAAGGCUAACAAUCCGAAAUUAACAUUUCACAGUUUUGCGAAAACGUCUCUGAAAUGGCCAUAAAACACUACUUUUUUCUGUUUCUGACGGAAAUAUAAUCUCUUUUUCGCAUCAAAAUAAGAUUACUGUCGGUGCAGAAACCAUUCCAGGACCUUUCUCCAAAACUUUUCAAACGCUCAUCAGUGUAUGACCAAAACUAUAGGGACUGCUUAAAAGCAAGAGAAUAAUAUAUACAUUAUGCCAAGGCUUAAGGCCAAGCUCGCGUUUAUAAAUUUAUAAUUUACUUCAAACAAUAAACUUGUAACUACUUGUAUUGUAAAGAAAUCCACUUGGAUUUGAGCCCGCGAUCAGUUGAAAGCUGGUAACUUAUCAGCAGAUAAAACAUGCAACCUCGAUAGGUCGAUAUCUGAGCCCGCGAUACGGUACUGAUCAGCGGAUACCCUGUUUUUGACAGCUGUCAAUUGAUCACCACAUGGAUGUGCAAUAUCAGGUCACACGUUCCCACACUAGCCAUAAAGUGUGAGAUUUCAAAUUGGUUGUCCUCUGGCGCGGACGGACGGACGGACAGUCACGUGACUACUCAAACUUUUCGGAUGGAUAGAUAACCAAAGUUACUUAGCUACGGCGCUCCGCUCGGGAGCGCUAUAGUGGAACUCCACUACAAAGAAAUCUCUUGAUUAGCCUAUAUCCUGUAAUAACAGUUUGCUACCAGGGUACUGAACAGCGAAAUAAAAAAUUGCAGCUUUAAACUAUUACUUUAAUAUUCAAUAUAAUUACUUAUUUGUCUAUUGAUCGUUAAUUCGUAUUGGCUUGACUUUACUGCAGANUUUAAAAGCUUGAAAAUGUAAGGCUAACAAUCCGAAAUUAACAUUUCACAGUUUUGCGAAAACGUCUCUGAAAUGGCCAUAAAACACUACUUUUUUCUGUUUCUGACGGAAAUAUAAUCUCUUUUUCGCAUCAAAAUAAGAUUACUGUCGGUGCAGAAACCAUUCCAGGACCUUUCUCCAAAACUUUUUAAACUGCUCAUCAGUGUAUGGCCAAAACUAUAGGGAGUGCUUAAAAGCAAGAGAAUAAUAUAUACAUUUUGCCAAGGCUUAAGGCCGAGUUCGCGUUAAUAAAUUUAUAAUUUACUUCAAACAAUAAACUUAUAACUACAUAUAUUGCAAAGAAAUCCACUUGGAGUUGAGCCUGCGACCAGUUGAAAGCUGGUAACUUAUCAGCAGAUAAAACAUGCAACCUCGAUAGGUCGAUAUCUGAGCCCGCAAUACGAUACUAAUCAGCGGAUACCCUGUUUUUGACAGCUGUCAAUUGAUCACCACAUGGAUGUGCAAUAUCAGGUCACACGUUCCCACACUAGCUAUAAAGUGUGAGAUUUCAAUUGGUUGUCCUCUGGCGCGGACGGACGGACGGACGGACGGACAGUCACUUGACUACUCAAACUUUUCGGAUGGAUAGAUAACCAAAGUUACUCAGCUACGGCGCUCCGCUCGGGAGCGCUAUAGUGGAACUCCACUACAAAGAAAUCUCUUGAUUAGCCUAUAUCCUGUAAUAACAGUUCGCUACCAGGGUAUUGAACAGCGAAAUAAAAAAUUGCAGCUUUAAACUAUUACUUUAAUAUUCAAUACAAUUACUUAUUUGUCUAUUGAUCCUUAAUUCGCAUUGGCUUGACUUUACUGCAGAACUUGACGAUGAUUCGAUUGCCAAAGGCAAAGGCCUGCUUUUUAAGGUACUCCAUCGGGAACGUUCCUCGACCUGCUGACUUGCUGAAACAAUUACAAUUGGUAAGUGUCUGAGGACCUAUGACAAACGUCGUUAAAAUUAGUUUCUUGCUGAAUUACCUCUUGAUGCACGAUUUUUUUAACUAAACUGUAGGUUGCAUGAUUAGUAAGAGCAAUAUCAAACUGUGAGUUUAUUUCCUUCAAGAUUCCGUUUCUGUGAUAUCCGGAAUAAUCAAGGACUCGGUAAGUGUUAUCAGUCUCGGCCUUCGGCUCGGUUGAUAACACUUAUCUUGACUUAAUUGAGUACUCAGGAUAUCAUCACAUCCAAUAAUUGUUCAUAAUCAUGGUUACCAAUCACAUUGGAGAGAUUCGUUGAAGUUAUUUAUUUAUUUAUUUUACUGUUAUAAGGACAUGGAACCUGCUUAUCCGUGUAACCUUUUGAUAAUUGUUCCACUCGAAGUUUUAUUUUUCACGCUGGUUUUUAUUAUCUGUAGGUGCCGAAAAGUACAGAUUCUAAAGUGACCACUACGUCUGAGGAAAAUUUCAAGGUUGUUGGCAAACUGAGUGACCGUUCGGACUUGAGCGACGAGAUGAAGGAUCUAUGUGCAAAGUUGCCAAUUUACCGAAUCCGGAAAUUGGACGAGAAACAGAAUGACGCUGAUGAAACUGAAGACAAUGUGCAGCAGUCCGACGAACUAGAUGCACCAGAAAGGGUGGCUAGAGGUAAUAAAAUGAUUAAAUGGAAAUAACGUUCUCGCAGAAGUUAUAACAAUCCUUAAAAAUCUAUAACAGAUCGCUUUCAACUGCAUGAAACGUUUGGAUGGCCUUACAAAAAUAAUAAUAUUAUAACAACGAAACAUUUGGCAUCUUAACUUUCUUGAAAGAACCCUAUACCGAAAAUAUUUUAAAUUUACAACGGAUCUAAUAAAAUAAGAAGCAUUUAUUAAUAAAUUUUCUAUAGUUUUAAGCCAAUCCACACCUGUUGACCUAGGCAGGGGGAAAAUGCAUACUAAUAUUUGCGUCCAUUCAGUUUGGUUGUUCCCGGUUUGGUUGGAUUCACCCAGCGACAAGAAUACGCUACUUCAAUCAACAUUUGCUAACUAAUAAGUUGCCACUCUUCUUCAAUUGAUGGCCAGGCCUUCCUAUAUGUUUAAAAUUAAACUUACUGGCAAAGGCUGAUCGGACAGCAUGGAUGGAUAAUUCGUUUGCCCAAUAUUCAGGCGAAAAAAAGCAACCUUGAUCAGCUCCACAGUUCUGCCUGUGUGAUGUCCUACUAGUCACUUGUAAGCUUUCGACGAACCCAAAAUCGUCUUGCACGAGGCCGAAAAAGAGUCGAAAAACCGAUAAGUUGUUUUCCACAACCCGACUUUAAACUUGCAACUUCUCUUUUUUAGCCUAAACUCCAGUUUUUGACGUAAUUGACAUUAGAAAUAUACAGUUUUCAAUCGUCUAAUAUACGAAUCAGAUAAAAAAAAGAGAAGAUUGAGGGAGAGAACGAUUCUUAAAAGAUGCGGUUUCGGCAGAGGGAUUGGUUUGGUAGGGCCGACUCGUAUAGAAAAAAAUGCCUUUUCAAAAAUAUCCGGACUUCAGGUUGACGGGGCCCUAAACAGGUUUUCUUGUGGUUAAAAGUGUGUGGAACACAAAACGUCGAAUUAACAUUUUGUACCAGAGUAUGACCUAAUUCAAUAAAGUUUUAGUGGUUGUCCUUUAAUUACCUAUGAGCCACUAACUGUACAACCAUGCCUCUCAGAGGAAUUAAAGAAUGGACGCGUCUGUCUUUAUAACGACUGACUACCCGACCUUGAAGCAGCUUGUCAGCUUCGCAUUUAAAUAAUCUCUAAUUUGUACCUAUAGGUUUCAUCAGGAAAUGGGUGUGCAAACGAAUCUGUAGGCGUUUCCGCAAAUGCAUCAGAGUCCCAUGGAUAAGAUGCAGUUGGAGAGGCUGUAAGACUUAUUGGCGUCGAAAAUGUUGGACCGUAACCAUAUGCCCGCGUGCCUGCUCCUGGGUUUGGACCACUGGGUAA